AGUCAAUAUAUAAUGUCCAUUUUCAUUGCCUCUCCGCUUCAUUCUGUUCCCAUUUUGAACACUCCAUUCUCGUGGGAAACAAGCUGCUCAGAUAUUCUACAUCAAAUUCAGUAAUCUGAGGAAAUCAUAUCUGGUGAGCUGGAUUGGGUGAAUUCUGUCCGAACAUUGUUGUUGAUUAGUUUUGAAUUUGAAAUGAGAUUUUAGGGAUAGAUCAGGGAGGAGAUUGUGAAGAUGAUUGACGGCCAGCAGUAUCAGCUGGGGACGGUUGGAGCAUUGUGUCUCUCUGUCGUAUCGUCAGUGUCGAUUGUAAUUUGCAACAAGGCGCUCAUUAGUACCCUCGGCUUCAAUUUUGCUACAACACUGACUAGCUGGCAUCUUCUCGUCACAUUCUGUUCUCUUCAUGUGGCUCUAUUAAUGAAAUGGUUCGAGCACAAGCCUUUUGAUCCAAGAGCUGUUAUGGGAUUCGGAAUACUGAAUGGAACAUCUAUUGGACUUCUAAAUCUUAGUUUGGGCUUCAACUCUGUUGGUUUCUAUCAGAUGACAAAAUUGGCAAUCAUUCCAUGCACAGUCUUCUUAGAGACAUUGUUUUUCAGGAGAAAGUUCAGUAGGAAUAUCCAGCUUUCACUUACUGUUCUUCUACUCGGUGUUGGAAUUGCGACGGUGACCGAUUUGCAGCUGAACAUCUUGGGUUCCAUCCUUUCUCUUCUUGCUAUCUUCACAACAUGCAUCGCACAAAUUAUGACGAACACCAUCCAGAAGAAGUACAAGGUUUCGUCGACUCAACUCUUGUAUCAAUCCUGUCCUUACCAGGCAAUGACAUUGUUCGUUACCGGGCCAUUUGUGGACGGGCUUCUGACUAACCAGAAUGUCUUCGCAUUCAGUUAUACACCUCAAGUGCUGGCAUUCGUGGUCCUGUCGUGCUUGAUAUCAGUUUCCGUCAACUUCAGCACGUUCUUAGUCAUCGGGAAGACUUCGCCGGUUACUUAUCAGGUGUUGGGGCAUUUGAAGACGUGCCUUGUUCUGGCAUUCGGGUACAUACUCCUGCAAGACCCGUUCAGCUGGCGCAACAUCUUGGGAAUAUUGGUGGCUGUAGUCGGGAUGGUGCUGUACUCGUAUCACUGCACUGCGGAGGGCCAGCAGAAGGCUGUUUCCGAAGCAUCGUCGGCGCAUGCACAUGCAUCUCACGCGAAAGAGACCGAAUUGGAUCCUCUGUUGAGUGUCGAAAAUGGAGGCGGUGUUUUGGCCGACGGCGGCGCUGCUGCGGCGGUGACGGACUUGACGUGGAAUUCGGAUAAGGAUUUGAAGGCGUGAAAGUAUGGAAGGUAUGUGGAUGAUUUAGAUUCAGUUGCUGGUUUCGCUUUAUAUACAUAACAUACAUAUUUAUAUGUUAGCACGUGUGUGAUUGGAAUUAUAAAUGUGUUUUUGUUACAAGUCAUGGAAAAAGCGCAAUUUGUGGCGAGGGGUAAAGCUGUGUAUAUGUUGUUUGGGUAAUUGGGUUGGGAUUUUGUAACGGAUUUUUUCAAUUUCUGGGAAGUCAAUUUUGAUUAAGGGUGAAGUACAUUUAUUUAUUUAUUUUUGGUUUUUUCUUU